AUGUGGGAAGUACCAGAAUGUACCGAUGUCUGCGUUAGUUGGAGUGAUUUGGACCUGAUGGCUCAGAAAAGCUUAGAUUACUGCAAAGAAAUUCUGGAAGAUUUCGAAUUGUUGAACUCUUUGAAAGAAUCGAAGUUUGAGCUCGCUUACACAGAAACUUUGGACCUAUGCGCUCCAUGCAUUAUUGAGAAUCUCGAUAUAAAGAAUGUAGUUAUACUAUCCGCCACGGUCGCUAUGCCCCGAUUCUAUAAGGUGGCUGGAUUACGUCAACUUCCCAGUUUUGUACCAGGCCCAAUAACCCCAUAUGCGGAUGAGAUGACUUUCACAGAGAGAUUAAGAAACUUCGUAUUUAACAUACAAUUUGACUACUACACGAUGAAGUGGGACCACAGAUUCAGUCAACUGUUCAGCAAAAAAUAUCCUGGAUUUCCCGCACCGCAUGAGAUCUAUAUGGAGAAAACAGCACUGAUGAUGAUCAAUGUGCAUGAAUUCUUCGAAACACCUCGUCCUACAACUAAUAUGAUAAAGUACAUUGGAGGAUUUGCGCUAACUCAGACGAAACUACUGACGAAGGAACUAGAUGACUUGUUGAAUAUAAGGAACAUGACGGUGCUAUUUUCGAUGGGAUCUGUGGCUCGAUCUGUGGACAUGCCAGAAUGGCUUAAGAAAGCCGUAUUGGAGACUUUUGAUUCAUUCCCUGAUGUAACAUUUAUUUGGAAAUACGAAGGUGGAGACAUCGCUUUUGAAUCUCAUCCAAAUAUAUUUCCCAUGAAAUGGAUACCGCAAAUUGACUUGUUAGCGGAUAAGCGUCUUUCGCUUUUCGUAACACAUGGAGGUAUGAACUCAUUGUUAGAAGCGACUUACCAUGGAAAGCCGCUGAUCGUUGUUCCAUUGUUUGGUGAUCAGUAUUACAAUGCGAAACUCGUACAGAAAAGUGGUAUUGCUACAGUUAUUGAGAAGAAUCAACUUAACAGGCAUACGUUGACGGAGGCAAUACGAGAAAUGCUUAGCACUAGGAAAUUUGCCAAGGAAUCAGCCUUUAUCGCAUCAAUGCUUGAGGGCCGAUCUGAACAAUAUCGCAAAGACAUUGCUAAGUCGGCCAAGAUCAUUAUUGAGCACGGCAGAUUGGACCACUUGAUAUUACAUGCGAGAAACUUGAAUUUCCUGCAGUAUUAUUGCUUGGAUGUCAUAGGAUUCAUAGCAACUGUAUUGGUAGCUAUAAUCUAUUUGAUAUUUUUGCUUGUUAGGAUGAUAUAUAAGUUGAUUAUCCCCAAAUUGAAGAGAGAUUAG